AUGUCUGCCAGGAAGAGGAUCGCUUCUGGUUUGGACAAUCUACCACAGAGUUUACUUUGCGACAUAUUGUCUUUCUUGCCAAUAAAAUUUGCUGCAACUACUUCCGUUCUCUCAAAAAGCUGGCGCUAUGCGUGGGCUUUCUCACCAAACCUUUCAUUUAGAUACGACGAAGGCGUUGAUGGAGCUCCUGUUGGUGGUUGGAUACGCUAUGCUUUGAAAUACAAGGUGUUAGAUCUUGAGAUACAAAUAUAUAUUCUGAAUAAUUGGUCCGGACCACCUCGAGACGUCUUUGUGUCCAAGGAACUAGUUAGGCUGGAAAUAGGCACUGGGGAUUGUUGCAUCAUUGACCUGGAAGGUGAUUGUAAUCUCCCAAGUCUGAAGAUUCUUCGUCUUGAUGAUGUUCAGUUUAAAGAUGGUUGUACUGGGUUGUUGAAGCUUCUCUCAAGUUGCCCUGUUCUUGAGGAGUUAGCCAUGGUGGACAUGAGGUGGCAUGACUGGGAUGUUUGCUAUGAUAAUGCUAGCAAGUAUCCAACAACCAACUUUGAUAAGCUUGUUUGGGCCAAGCUUAAACUUGGCAGAAAAGCAAAGCAAGAAGAAGAAGAGAAUGUAGCCGGUGAUGUUACAGAUUUUUGGAAGGUUAUCAGCAACGUUGAGAUCCUUGUCCUAAAGUCAGAAACUCUUGAGGUGCUUACAGAGGAUCAUAUGCCGGUGUUCAAAAACCUGAGUCAGCUGACUAUUGAGAAGAAGACUGGCCCAAAACUAAAAUGGGAAUCGCUGCAAUCUCUGCUCAACAACUCUCCAAAUCUGGAAACACUGUUCCUUAAAGUAACAAAUCAUGCUUCUUGGCGUUUUGGUCAACCUCUGCAGAAGGUGAGCAAGAAAUUUGAAUGUGGUGAAGAUAAAGAAUCUUUCAUGGAGGACGUGAAGCAGUUCUUGGAGGAAGUGGAGAUGACUUUUGAAGAAGAAUAG